UCGAAAAACCCUAUUCUUUUUUGUUCGCGGUUGAGGAGCCGGCCGCCGCCUGGAGUCGAUCCCUCUUCCACGGCGGCUGGGUGAGGUCGGCGAUCUCUCUCGCUCUUUCUCUCACUGAACGACACAACUCAUUUGGCUGCUUGCCUAUGCACAUUGGAUUAAUUAAGUCAAUAUUUUUGCCUAUGUUACAUGGCAACCACUUAACUGCGUGAGAAUUGGCUGGGAACUAUUAUAAUUUGGAGAAGCCAAUUGUCAUGAUUUCUGAAUUACAUUGACCUAUCAGUUAUGCCUCAGAAAAUUAUAAUAAAGAAAAGACUAAAGGGUGAGCUUGCUCAGGUGAGAAGUAAAAUUGAAAAUAUUGGAGGAGAUUGUGAACGAUUAUUGGUAAAUGAGUUUUCUUCCACUGUGAAAAAUCGGGUAGCAUUGAGAGAACCCUGUCACAACUACGAAAAUCAAGAUUCAAUGAGUAGGAAGAGGAAAUCAUCUGAAGAAAGCAAACAACAGAUGGAUGUUUGUAACUUUUUUUAUAAUGAUGAAGAUUUUAGCGGUGAGAAAUCUGAGGCAGUAUCCACUGUGACUGGUUCUUUUGAAGUUGAAAGCCCUAGAAGAUUGCAUGGUGAAAAUGGGAAGGGCCAAAAAAUGGACAUUUGUAAGAUAAAGCAAUGUGGUAGUGUUUUGAUGGCUCUAAUGAACCAUCAGUCUGGUUGGGUGUUCAAUCAACCAGUUGACCCGGUAAAGUUGAAAAUCCCUGAUUACUUUUCAAUUAUCAAGAAACCCAUGGACUUGGGCACUAUAAAACAUAGGCUUGAAAGGAAGCACUACUCAAGCACCCAUCACUUUGCUGAAGAUGUGAGGUUAACAUUUUCUAAUGCCAUGCGAUAUAAUCCUCCGUAUAAUGCUGUCCAUAUGAUGGCAAAAGAUUUAUGUAAAAUUUUCAAUGCAAAAUGGAAAUCGUUGGAGUUCAAAUGGAGAAAAGAACCACAUCAAUCAGUAAGGAAGAUACCGAAAAAGGAAGCCAUCACCUCAAAACAAGUACUUCAGAGGGUACCUUCCUGCAAUACAAGUUCACUGGCUUGCAAAUCUCUAACAGUUGCAGACAAACUGAAGCUGCAAAAUAGUUUGGCGAAAAUUUCUACAAGAAAUAUCCCUUUGCAGCUGCUUAAAUUUCUUCAGAAAUCCUGUUUGCUUGAUCAAAAUGAAGAGAGAAUUAGUGUGGACAUUUAUGCAUUUGAUGACGAGACUUUGUGGGAGUUGCAUCAGAUCUUAAAAAAUUAUGGGGAUGCUGGAUGUACAGAAUCUGCAGGUCUGGUUAUGAAUUCAAAGGGCCAGGUGGAGGGGUGUUACAAAGAUGUUGAUUCUGUAAGAUCAUCCGGUACAAAGAGUCUCUUGAGGUGUUCUACUAUAUCUACUUUGGAUGGUGACAACAUCUCAGGGGUGCAAGGAUACAGUGGAAACUGUAAUGCUGUCGACAGAUUAGGCACUGCAAUUGUUGAUUUAGAUGAUGCUCAUACUUCUGAUCAUUCCAGUCCAGUUGCUGCCACUCCUCACAAAGAAGUUGAGUUUCCAUGCACAGAGCAAUCAUCCCCAACUAGAGCUCUCCGUGCUGUAAUGCUGAAGCGUCGCUUUGCGGACACCAUUUUGAAGGCACAGCAGAGAACCCUUCUAAAUCAUGGCGAGAAAGUUGACCCUGCAAAGGUGCAACGCGAAAGAGAGAAGUUGGAGAAAAAGCAACAGGAAGAAAAGGCAAGGAUUGAAGCCCAAGUCAGAGCCACGGAAGCUGCUGCACAACUGAAAGCUGAAACCGAACUUAAAAUGCAACGGGAAAGGGAAAGGGAAGAAGCUCGAUUGGCACUUCAGAAGAUGCAAAAAACUGUGGACAUUGAUGAAAAUUUUCAGAUCUUUAAAGAUCUUGAUAAUUUGGGCUAUUCUCAACCCGUUCACCUUGAUCUACUUGAUGAGAUGCCGAAGAACUUUAUGGAUGCAGUUGAGCAGCAGUGUGCUCUUGCAAAUCCGUUAGCACAGCUGGGUUUGUUCAUGAAGGAAGAUGAUCUGGAUGAGGAGGUGGGUAACUGGUUCUCUUCUACUGGAGAUGGUAGGGUGGAGGAGGGGGAAAUUGGUUCCUCGUAGCCAAAGAUUAUUGUCUUUUAUGAUUAAACCCUGGAAUUGUUAGUGAUGUUACAAGGGGUAUUUUAUUUUCGCUAUUCUCUAUUCCUUUUAGAAAACAAAAGGGCAGAAAAAAGUUUUUGCGCUGCUGACAUGUUUUGUGAGAGUAUGUAUAAAGUUAGUGAGCAAGAUGUCAGGUUAUGUAUAGAAAGGAGUUCAUGAUUGUACAAUUUCGUUCUACACUACCUGUGAACUAAAUUACAUAGUUUCUCUACUUUAUCGGCUGA